AUGGGUGCGUUAUUGGCAGACCCUGCAACAGAAGACAAAUACGACGUAAUUGCAGUACAAGAGCCCAGCCGGAAUCCCCACAUGCUAGCAACACACUGCCCCAGAAGCUGCGGCUUCUGGCCAGCAUAUCACCCGGAAACACACCCAAGAGUAUGCUUUCUGGUCAACAAAAGGCUCGUGGAACACACAUGGGAAUGCCACUACCACUCAGAAUACAUUGCAGUGCUGACCAUCACCACCGACCUGGGUAAGGUGCAAAUAGUCAAUGUGUAUGCACCUCCUCCAGGGGGCUACAGCAGUGAACCGGAGGAAUCCCCCAUAGGCCAGCUGCAGGAGGUAGCCGGAAUGGGCACAGAUGCAGAGCUGGUCAUAUUAGGAGAUCUUAAUGUCCACCAUGAGAGGUGGGGAGGGGUGAGAGUGGAGAGAAACUUCCGCAUGGCAUGGCAGCUAAUAGCACAGGUGGAUAGGCUGGGUCUCCAGCUUGCCACACCUGUAGGAGCUACCACAUGGCAGGACAGAGGCAGCCCAGGAACGACUAUAGACCUCACCUUUCUAUCACCACUCCUGCACGACAAGCUCAGGAGGUGUGCAAUAGCGGAGGAGGCAUGCAAAGGAUCUGACCAUAAGCCCAUAGAAACAACACUGGAACUCACACCCAUCCCAAAGGAGGCUGAGAGACGAAACUGGAAGAAUGCGGAGCCUGAGGAGGUAGCAAGGGACUGCCAAAAGCUAUAUGUGCCACAAAGCCUGGACUCCAGGCAAGCAGUCAAGGAGUAUGCAGACUACCUGGUAGGAUUUGUAGGGACAUUAGCGGACAAACACGCCACCUGGAGGAGUACAAGCAGGCUAGGAGGUCCCAGCUCCCAGAAAUGGAGCGGCUCAGGGCACGCUGCAAGCGCAACAGAGAAAUCCACUUGGCUAAGACAGCAAAACUUCAGAGAUCUGGUUGACAGGACCCGUGAUGACCCCAGAUUGAUGUGGGGACUGGCAAAAUGGGAAACCUCUUUUGAGGGGAAGGCUGAGGCAUUACGACAACGGUUCUUCCCACAGCCAGAGCCCGCCGACUUAAGUGACACCAAUAUGGAGCUGCUGCAAGCUGAAAGGGAAGCGUCAAAUGACACCAUCAGUGUGGAGGACAUGGAAAGCCUGAUCCAGAGACUGCCAAACAGGAAGGCACCAGGGAGGAGUGGGAUCACCAACGAGUUCCUUAAGAUGCUGGGCAGAACAUUUGUGGAGGCCAUAACAGCUCUCACCAAUGCAUGCUGGCAUUGGGAGACUUACCCAGACACGUUUAAGGAAGCCAAGACAGUGGCCUUGCGCAAGCCAGGGAAGGCUGACUACCAGACUGCAGGAGCGUGGAGACCCAUUGCCUUGCUGGACACAAUAGGGAAGAUUGUGGAGGCAGCAACUGCAAAACGCCUGCGGAAGAUCGCGGAGGACCACAACCUGCUACCCUCACAGCAAAUGGGGGCAAGAAGGGGCAGGUCCACUGAAACAGCCAUAGCACAACUUCUAGCCCAGAUAAGGACAGUGUGGCAGCACCCAGGACAGGUGGCAUCGGUACUCUCCCUAGACAUGACAGGGGCCUAUGACAAGGUGCUGCGGGAGCGAAUGGUUCACAUCCUCCGGCGACUGGGCAUCCCCAGGGACCUGGAACUGGUGCGCAUAUGCUCAAGACCGGGGCGACCGGUGGUGUGCAUAGCCUUUGUGGACGAUGUCAACGUGAUGGCCUAUGGCCAGUCCACUGAGGACAACUGCAGGGAGCUCCUGCGCAUGCAUCGGGCAUGCGAGGAGUGGGCAGCACGGCACGGGGCGGUCUUUGCCCCCCAGAAGUAUGAGCUAAUGCACUUCACACGGGCGCGCAACCAAUUCAACCUACAGGCUGAGCUGAGACUGCCAGGACAAACUAUACAACCGAAACAGGUGAUGAGGGUAUUGGGUGUAUGGUUAGACUCUAGGCUGAGAUGGAAGGGCCACCUGGACGCGGUGGCAGGCAAGAUGAAGACUCAAGUCAGAGCACUGUCCCAAACCACCCAAUCCACAUGGGGGCUCCCACUACAACAAGCGAGAAUGGUGUAUAACAUGGUCAUCAGGCCGGCCCUGACCUAUGGAGCAAUAGCAUGGCACCAGCCACAGGGGCAGGGGGGCACGGGUCCAGCUAAGUCAGGACUGGCCCUCAAGCUGACCACAGUGCAGAACUCCUGCCUCAGAAUAGUGGCAGGGGCAUACAAAAGAACCCCAACAAGCACACUGGAAGCGGAAACCCACACAGUACCCUUAGACAUCCACCUGGAUGGGCUAGUGGCAAAGGCGGUCAACAGGAUGAAGGCCUCAGGAAUGGCGCAACAAAUUGAGAAUGCGUGUGCGGCCAUAAGGACCAGGCUUCGGCACCGGGGGGUGACAAGGGGGGCACAGAGACACAUGGGAGCUGUGGUUCACCCGGCAGCCCUGCCAGUGGACUGGGAACAGCAAUGGAUUCAGGGUGCUAAGGAGAGAGCCACAGCAGAGAUGACACCGGAACAAUAA